AUGGAUUUUGUGGAUUCAGAGACACAAUCACCAGAAGAUUUCCCACAUCGGGAAGCAUAUUACAAUACGCCACCUGCACUUGCUCCUGAAUGUAAAAGUUUCAAAUGGAAAAUACAAGUCAUAGACACUGAUGGAAACAUAGAAGGCAAAAUGACAACAUCUAAAGAUGUCUGGAAAUUGGAAACUACCAAAGUGAUAGUGCAGUGCGACGGAGAUAGCGGUCAGCCAAUUGGAGAUUCUGGAGGUUUACUUGGAUCAUGGUUAGGUCAAUUAAGCAAUGAUGUGAAUUUGCUACCCAUUAACUACAGCGAUUGGAGGGUGGAAGCACUUAGAGAGUUGUUGAGUAAAAAUCCGCAAGUCACAAGCAAUGUUCCAGCUAGUUUGGAUGAUGAGUAUGCUCAGGUGUUUGGUCCAGAGCGUUCAGGACGUGUACGUUGUAUUGGUCGUGGACCCACUCCUUCAAAAUUACUGAGACGCUCGGUUGUACGUGUAGCAGAGAUAGAAAAUUCUGAAACGAUUGUUGAACUGAAGGCAGAAGUUAAAGGCUUAGGAGAUCAAGUAAAAGCAAUGAGUACGUUUAUCCAACAAAUACUUGGUACUUCAACUAGUAAACAGGCAACUGCAUGGGCUUUAAGUUUUGCUGCACCUUUUGCGCACAUACAAAAUCCAGGAUUUGCAAACAUACCAGUUGUGCCUAAUCUUCUGGGAAUGGAUGAGAGAGUGAGAGUGCCGACUUAUCCAAACAGUUAUGAGUUAAAACCGUGCUAG